AUGAAUGAUAUAGAAAAAUUAGAACAUCUUGAAGUUGUCGAUAGAAUCGUAUCCGAAUUAGAAAAUCAUUUUGGUUCAGGUGGAACUGAUGAAGCUGAAUUUUUAAUAGAUUUAAUAAAAAAAAAUCCAACAUUUGAUAAAGUUAAGAAAGCUUUAAAAAAUGAAGGUCUUGAAGAACAUUUUUCAGAUUCAUUUAUAGCUACUUUAUUACGGUUGACAAAACAACUCUUGCCAAAAAAUAAUCAAGAUAAAGGUGAUGGUAAUAAAGAAGAUAAAGAACUUAUAAAGCGUCUUGUUCCGGCUUUAGCUUUACCAGAUGUUGAUCCUACUACAUCAUUAGAUUGGAUGAAUGAAUUAGAAAGUUUAGUUCCACAAUUUGAAGCGAAUAAAGAAGUAAAGAAAGAAUGUGAUCGUUCAAGAAGUAGAUCAAGAAGUAAAGAGCGUCGUAGAAAACAUGAAAAGAAAGACAGUUCAUCUAGAAAACGUUCUAGAAGUAGAGAUAGACAUAAGAGACGUCGCAGUAGAUCUGGUAGUUAUGAUCGAAAAUCUAGGCGUAAAAGAUCAAGAAGUAGAGAACAUAGAAAAAAAGAAGAAAUUAUUAAAACUCCUGAGGUUGGGAUGAUUUUAGAGGGACGUAUUUCAAGAAUCCAACCAUUUGGUGCUUUUGUAACAUUUCGUAAUUUAAAAAAUUAUCAAGAUGGUUUAAUUCAUAUAUCACACGUAAAAUCAAAACGUAUUGAUAAUAUUAAUGACCACUUAAUACGUGGACAAAAAGUUAAAGUCAAAAUUAUAAAAAUUGAUGGUUCUAAAAUUGGUUUAUCUAUGAAAGAAGUUGAUCAAGAAACAGGACAUGAUUUAAAUCCUAAACCUUCUGAUGAUGUAAUUAUGGGACGUGAUGAAGAUGAUUGGAUUAAUUCAAGAAAGGAAACAAAUGAAGAAGAUGGUCCACCAAACGAUGGUAAAAGAAAGCCACGUGUACGUGUAACGACUCCUGAACGUUGGGAAUUAAAACAAAUGCAAGGUGCUGGAGCAAUAAAAAUUACUGAUUUACCAGAUUUUGAUGAUGAUAAUGGUAUUUUAAAAGGUGACGAUGAAUUAAGUGAUAUCGAAGAUAUGGAAAUUGAAUUAGUUGAAGAUGAACCAGAUUUUUUGAAAGGUUAUGGAAAACAUGUAAUGGAUAUUGAACCAGUUAAAGUAGUUAGAAAUCCAGAUGGUAGUUUAGCUCAGGCUGCAACUAUGCAAGGUUGUUUUCAAAAAGAAAGACGUGAAGCAAAAUUACAAGCACAAAGAGAAAAAGAUAAUGAAAAACAAAGAAAUUUUUCCGGUGGUAUUAAUAUACUUGAUCCAAUGGGAAAACAAAUUGUACGAGAUGAAGAAGAUGAUGAUAUCCCUAGACCUGGUGUUUCAAAAGACAUGCCUGAUUGGUUGAAACAUGUAACACAAGGUGGUAGAGUAACAUAUGGUAAAAAAACAAAUCUUUCACUUAUAGAACAAAGAGAAUCUUUACCUGUCUUUCAGUUGAAAGAUAAAUUAGUUCAAGCUAUUAGAGAAAAUAAUAUUUUAGUUGUUAUUGGUGAAACUGGUUCUGGAAAAACUACACAAUUAACACAAUAUAUUGUUGAAGCUGGUUUGGCCAAAAAUGGUAAAGUUGGUUGUACACAACCAAGAAGAGUUGCUGCAAUGAGUGUAGCUAAACGUGUUGCAGAAGAAUAUGGUUGUCGUUUAGGUUCUGAAGUUGGAUACACUAUUCGUUUUGAAGAUUGUACUAGCAAUGAGACAAUUAUUAAAUACAUGACUGAUGGUAUGUUAUUGAGAGAAUGUUUAAUUGAUCCUGAUUUAAAUUCCUAUGCAUGUAUUAUGUUAGAUGAGGCUCAUGAAAGAACUAUACAUACUGAUGUAUUAUUUGGUUUAUUAAAAAAAGCUGUAAAGAAACGUCCAGAAUUAAAAAUUAUUGUAACUUCAGCAACAUUAGAAGCAGAGAAAUUUUCAAAAUAUUUUUAUAAUUCACCUAUUUUUACAAUACCUGGUAGAACAUUUCCUGUUGAAAUUUUGUAUACUCGAGAACCAGAAAGUGAUUAUCUUCAAUCUGCCAUCAUAAGUGUAAUGCAAAUUCAUUUAACUGAACCUCCUGGUGAUAUAUUAUUAUUUUUAACUGGUCAAGAAGAAAUCGACACUUCAUGUGAAAUUUUAUACGAAAGAAUGAAAGCAUUAGGUCCUGAAGCUCCUGAAUUGAUUAUAUUACCUGUGUACAGUGCUUUACCAUCAGAAAUGCAGACAAGAAUAUUUGAACCAACACCACCAGGUAAAAGAAAAGUUGUUAUUGCUACAAAUAUUGCUGAAACAUCUCUUACAAUAGAUGGUAUUUAUUAUGUUGUUGAUCCAGGAUUUGUAAAACAAAAAAUUUAUAAUCCUAAAAAUGGUAUGGAUUCAUUAGUUGUUACACCAAUUUCACAAGCUGCAGCCAAUCAAAGAUCUGGCCGUGCUGGUAGAACUGGUCCAGGUAAAUGUUAUAGACUUUAUACAGAAAGAGCAUACAAAGAAGAAAUGUUACCUGCACCAGUUCCUGAAAUUCAAAGAACAAAUUUAGCAUCAACAUUACUUCAAUUAAAAGCCAUGGGAAUUAAUGAUCUCUUAGGAUUUGAUUUUAUGGAUGCUCCUUCAACAGAAUCUAUGCUUGUUGCUUUAAGAACAUUACAUGAUUUGUCUGCUUUAGACAAAGAUGGUUUACUAUCACUUCUUGGAAGAAGAAUGGCCGAGUUUCCAUUAGAUCCAUCAUUAUCAAAAUUGCUUAUUAUGUCUGUUGAUUUAAAAUGUUCAGAUGAAAUAUUAACAAUAGUUUCAAUGCUUUCUGUACAAAAUGUUUUUUAUCGACCAAAAGAAAAACAAGAACAAGCAGAUCAAAAAAAGAAAAAAUUUAAUCAACCAGAAGGAGAUCAUUGUACUUUACUUGCAGUAUAUAAUUCAUGGAGACAUGUAAACUAUUCUACACAAUGGUGUUUUGAAAAUUUUAUACAAGCUAGGACUAUGAAAAGAGCACAAGACAUUAGAAAACAACUUUUAUCUAUUAUGGAUAGACAUAAAUUUAAAGUUGUUUCAUGUGGAAAAGAUAUUAAAAGAGUACAAAAAGCUAUAUGUUCUGGUUUCUUUAGAAAUUCCGCAAAGCGUGAUCCACAAGAAGGAUAUAGAACAUUAACAGAUGGACAAAAUGUAUAUCUUCAUCCGUCUAGUUCUCUUUUUCAACAGCAAUCAGAAUGGGUUGUUUAUCAUGAACUUGUCAUGACAACAAAAGAAUAUAUGCGUGAGGUUACAGCAAUUGAUCCAAAAUGGCUUGUGGAAUAUGCUCCAUCAUUCUUCAGGAUAUCAGAUAAUACAAAAUUAUCUGCAUUUAAAAGAAAUCAAAAAAUUGAUCCACUCCAUAAUAAAUAUGAAGCUCCAGAUGCUUGGAGAAUUUCCAAGGUUAAAAAGAAAAUUUACAAUCCAAAUCGUUAA